AGCUGGUGAAUGAGGAGAAUGACAGGGAAAGAAGGGAGGAAGAUGUGGAUGUUGUGGAACAGGAAAUAGCAGAGAUUAGAAAGGGUGAGGUGAGGAAGACUCUGAACAGCAUGAUGAAGAGUGUAAAGGCUGUUGGUCCUGAUGACGUCCCUGUGGAGGUGUAAAAGUGUCUAAGGGAGACAGCAGCUAGCCAUCAGUCUGUACAACUCCUAUCUCUGGAAGGGUUUAUCUUCAAAGUGUACAAAAUAAUUUCCCUCUGGGUACAAUAAAGUUUUUUUGAAUCUUAAAUCUUGAAACACCAUGACGGAUCAGGGAUCCAGGUCAUACCAGGUCCUGCCUCGGGAGCUGCUGUUACAAGGACAGUGGCCGACACGGUGCCCUGACUGGGGAUCGAUGGUAGAAGUUGAAUAGUCUAAAACAUUAGCGUCAGCAAGACGUUGGUUCUGUCAUUGUUAAAACCCAAUUCAUUUAUCUUUGUCAUUGUCAUUAGUUAGAUGAGUGAGAAAACACCACAACACUGACAAGGCUAAGAUUGGGACACGCAAAGCUAAAUAAGACAUUAUGUUUAAUGGGAAACACCAGUCAGGGCUGUGUGAUUUUUGCCAGGUGGAGGAAUCAGUGAAGCACGUGGUGUGUAACUUUUAACAGUACAUUUCAGCAGGGGACAGAUUGAGGAGAACAUUGGCAGCACAAGGAGUACAGGAAUUCACACUACAGCAGAUACUCGGUCGGUCAGGAGGUUAUAGGGCACUAGUCUUGUUUCUGAGGGAAACACAAUGCUUGGAUAGAAUUUAGUUAGGGUUCUUUUUUAAAUUUAUUUUUAUUUAUUUUUUAUUAUUUUUAAAAAUAUAUUUCUUAAAUUUUUCCGUUUGAUCAACUCUGGUCCACACUCCAGCAUAGUAGGUGGCGGUAAUGCACCGCAGUUGGUUGCCACUCGCCAUAUUAAAGACAAAAAGAAGAAGAAGAGCAGCAACAGCAGCAGCAGCAGAAGAAGAAACAGGAAGCACCGCUGUCUGACCCAGAUAAGAAUUAAAUCGCUGCAUUGUCCCUGGUUUAGGCGACUGGUGCAAAGUUCUGGCCCGACGAAUUUAGUCUUCUAACAAUGAACUUAAAGUAACAGAGCUCCGCAGAUGUUACUCUGAGUUAGCAUUAGCCGUUAGCCGCCGUCCGGCGGCAGUAAGCGGCAGGAUGAGCUACUCCGUCGGCCUGCACACCCAGCUGGCCGCCGUCAUGGAGUCUCUGGUCCACGCAGCCGUGGCCGAGCUCAAAAAGCUGUUAGAGCACAGCUCGGUUCGACUCAGCACUCGGGCCCAGACCGGUACCACUGGAAGCGAGGACGGAGAAGCGCAACAUCUGCCGGAUGAAGCCCAGGUCGAGAGCUGCAGGAAGAUGGUUGUGUUUGCCUCUAUCAUGGAGACUCUGGGGAAUGAGGCUCUGGGGAAGCUUAUCAACAUUGUGGAUGAAGCCAAAGUGCUGGCGGAGCGGGAGUCGGGCAGGGGGGUCAAGAGACCACAGACCAGCAUCCUCAACAUCCUCAACACAGCACAAGUUGAGCUUGAACACUCGUACGGCGUACGAACCCAGAGCUCAAACACAGACAAGUCCCCUCAGAUAAAGGAUGAUGAAGGCGUGGAAUCUCCUUUUGUUUUGGCUGUCACUAUUAAAGACGAGCACGGGAACAUUGACCUGGGAGCCAUUGCUGAGAGAGCUCGGGUUGAAGCAGCAGAGCCGGUUGGUCCAGAUCUCCAGUCUCAGCCUCCCAAACUGUCCAGCUCUCCGGAGUUUAUCCUGCAGAGUGUCACCUGGAAGUACUUUGUGUGCACAGUGUGUGGGAAAUCCUUCACCUCCCAGAGCAACCUGAAGUCUCACUAUCGCAUUCACACUGGGGAGCGUCCGUUCUCCUGCAGCGUGUGUGGCCGAGCUUUCCGCCAGCGCCAGAGCAUGCAGAGCCACAUGCGCACGCACACGGGUGAGCGGCCGUACGAGUGUCUGCAGUGUGGGAAGUGUUUCUCCAAACAGGCACAGCUGAAAACACACUCCAUCAUCCACACUGGGGAGAAACCGUACAGCUGCGAGGUGUGUGGCCGCCGAUUCAACCUUCUGCAGAACCUGCACCGCCAUGCACACACACACACUGGCAAGAAGCUGUUUGUGUGCAGCGCCUGCGGAAAAGGUUUCACCCGAGCCAUCACGCUGAAAACACACCAGCUCAUCCACACUGGCCAGAAACCCUUCAAGUGUGAGCAGUGCCAUAAAACCUUCCGCCACCUCGUCAACCUGAAGAACCACCAGAGGAUCCACAGUGGCCUCAGGCCCUUCAGCUGUGACGUCUGUGGGAAGAGCUUCCGGCAGUCGGUAAACCUAAAGAACCACCACAGGAUCCACACGGGUGAGCGGCCCUUCAGCUGUUCAGAGUGUGGGAAGACGUUCAGCCAGCAGAGCAGCCUGAUCUCACACGGACGCACACACUCCAAGGAGAAGCCGUUCCACUGCGACUCGUGUGACAAGAAGUUUAACAAUGCCAACAGCUUGAAGCUGCACGUGCGCAUUCACACCGGAGAGAAGCCGUACUCCUGCGACGUCUGUGGCAAAACCUUCAGCCAGGGCAGCCACCUGAGGACGCACAAGAGACACGUGCACGCCGGCGGCAAGCAAUACAUCUGUGAUAAGUGUGGGAAAAGAUAUUCAAACCAGCGGAACCUGAAGACACACAAGUGCAUCUAUGCAUGAAUGGUGAAAGGACGAUCUCAGUCUCUUCAUAGUGGAAACCAACACUGCACUAACAUUUUCUGCUUUUAAUCAGUAAGUAAAAGCACAUUAAUUCCAGAAUUUUAUAAUAAAAGUUACCACUUUCUCUUUGAGCGCUGUCAAAUGCCCCAAUGCAGCUUUUUCAACGGGUUUUUAAUUUUACUCCUAAUUUUCACAUUUUUUUCUGAUAUGCUGAAAUUUCUGUCAGCAACUGUGUUUCAUUCAUAAUGAAUGGAGCAACAAUACUGACUUUGAGGAACACGGGAGAAGUCACAGUUGUUCAACCUGGUUAACUUUUGUUUUUCUGAUAGUUGAUUCAGCUUUGACAUAAAGUGUGAGGAUCCACACAGUGCCCUUGAGCAUUUGAUGUUGCUAUGGAGAUGAAAAGCAAUGGGACUAGAUUUAAAUGGUCUGUGAUUGAGGCAGCAGUGCUUUCUGGGAGUUAUAGUUGUGCUGAACGCAGCCUGUGAUGUGCCUGAAAUAUGAUCUGAUGCUGUUAGGUUAAAAUGCUUUAAGUGUAUAAAUAUGCUUAUUGUAAUUUUUUUAUAUAAAUUUGUAGAUGAUUCUUUUCACCUGGUUGAAAAAUAAAUCUAAUUUACAAAUGUG